AUGUCGGCACCAAAGCAUUCUAGUUUAACGAGUAGCUACGCCGACCGGGCGGCGGGCGCGACACACCCGCUGACAAACUACCUCUUCCGGUUAAUGGAGCUCAAGCAGUCGAACUUGUGCGUGUCGGCCGACGUAUACAGCGCACGGGAACUCCUGUCUCUGGCCGACAAGGUCGGCCCCUCGAUUGUUGUCCUCAAAACGCACUACGACCUCGUCAUGGGCUGGGACUUCAACCCACAAACGGGCACAGGAGCGUAUCUCGCGGCGCUGGCCAGGAAACAUGGCUUCCUGAUCUUCGAGGAUCGUAAAUACUGCGAUAUUGGCAGCACGGUGCAGAUGCAGUAUGUUGGUGGAACCGCGAGGGUCAUAGACUGGGCGCACAUUGUCAACGCGAACAUCUCGGCAGGCAAGCCAAUGGUGGGUGCGAUGGGCGAGGCAGCGGCUAAAUGGAGGGAAAGAAUCAAUUACGAGGUGCGAACGAGCGUCACAGUCGGAACCCCCGUGAGCGAUGGUUUCGAGAGUGAGCCCGAGGAGAUGGACGAGGAAGAGGACGAGAACGUUGGCGCCCGCGGCACCAACGGUCAGAGAAAGCCCUCUGCACUAGAGGCUAGGGAUAUCAACAUGAUGGCGCCGCCGCCUCCACCUCGAGACGUCGAUGGACGCAAGGGCAGUAUCGUCAGCAUCACCACGGUGACACAGUCGUUCGAGCCAGCCGACUCCCCGCGCCUGUCCAAGAGUCUGUCCGACGUCGACGACAUUGUCUACCCUGGCAUUGAGGAAGCACCACUCGAGAGGGGUCUGCUGCUCCUGGCACAAAUGUCCAGCAGCGGUAACCUCAUGGACGCCCGUUACACAAAUGCAUGCAUCGAGGCAGCGAGGGAGAACAAGGAUUUCGUAAUGGGAUACGUGGCGCAGGAAAGCCUGAACUCGGAACCCGACGAUCAUUUCAUCCACAUGACCCCGGGCUGCAAGCUGCCACCAGAGGGCGAGGAGGAGAACGGCGAGGGGAUGCAGGGUGAUGGAAUGGGCCAGCAGUACAACACGCCGUCCAAACUGAUCGGCCUAUGCGGUACCGACAUCGUCAUCGUAGGUAGAGGUAUCAUCAAGGCCGGAGACCCGCAGGGUGAGGCAGAGAGAUACCGCGUGAGGGCAUGGAAGGCCUACCAGGCAAGGCUGAGGAACUAA